AUGCUCUCUCAACGCUUCACCACUCUUUUGCGCACCGUCUCUGUCGUCUCUGCACGCUCCGUCGCAUCCAGCCGGUCCGUUCUCCGCCGUCUUCCUCUGCCAACUCCUCCGCCGCCUUCAGUCACAUCGCGCACCGUCUUGCGGUCCAUGCCCUCGAUUCCGUUCCUUGGAAGUCUUUUUUCUUCUUCUUCUUCUUCUCCUUCCUCCUCGACUGCCCGGCAAGACAACAUGUCUUUCCCCGACCAGCGCACGGAUUCGGAAUGGCGCGCCGUGUUGAAUCCUGAACAGUUCCGUGUUCUGCGUGAACAGGGGACCGAGCGCCCGUUUACGGGCGAGUACGACAAGCACUUUGCCGACGCCGGCGUCUACCGCUGCGCCGGCUGCCAGGCGCCGCUCUACAAGGCCUCGCACAAGUUCAAGUCUGGCUGCGGCUGGCCGGCCUACUUUGACAGCCUGCCCGGCGCCGUCAAGCGUAACGUCGACAACACGCUCGGCAUGCAGCGCACCGAGAUUGUGUGCGCCAACUGCGGCGGCCACCUGGGCCACGUCUUCAAGGGCGAGGGCUACAACACGCCAACCGAUGAGCGCCACUGUGUCAACAGCGUCAGUCUCAAGUUCUCGGCCGAAGACGAGGCUGCCGCCGCCAAGGACGCCGGUGGCGCGACGAGCAAGGCGUAG